AUGAGCGACACCCCACGCGCUCCCCACGGCCGCAGCAGCGCCAGCCCAAGCCCCGUCGACCGCCCCCGCGACCGAUUACUGCUGGACGAUGACGACGAUGACAUGGACUACGUGCCUGCAGAGUCGGGCGAGGAGGCCGAGUCUCUGAUGGACGAGCUCGACGAUGGCGACUUCCACGACGCGGAGGAGAGCCUGAGUAACGUUUCGCUCGAGUUCACCACCAUCGCUGCGCCUGACGACGAUGACGACGCUGAAGAUGACGACGAAAACGAAGACGAUGACGACGUCGUCGGACCCAACGGCCGUUCCAUCUACAUUACUCGCGAACAGAUAAUGCAGCUGCUGGGCCAUGCUGGCCUCCGUCGCAUAUUCGCCGACCAUGCUUCCGGUCGGCGUGCCGCCCUGGACGACGAUGACGACAGCGAGACCGACAACACGGGCUAUGGCGGCGUUGGCGCUCGGCGUCGGCGGGGCAGAGGUCGCAAGGCCUUUGAGAAAGUGCCUAGCGAUGCCGGCCGAAAGCUUAUGGCUUCGGGCACCUUUGGGGCGAAUGAUCGCCCGGAGGAUCCGUAUCUACGCAGGAAAAAGUUGGCUUACCGCUUGAUGCGGAGGGAGCUGGGACUGGGGUGUGUUGGCAGGCAAAAGCUAAGCAGCAAUCUUAUCUCUCAGAGUCUCAUUCCAUCAUCGAAAGCUGACACUAUAAUCCACUACGACGCGCGAUGUUACUCCGGCCAGUUUUCCAAUGACGGUAAUUUCUUCUUUUCGUGUGCCCAGGACUUCAAGGUGCGCAUGUACGACACGUCUAAUCCAUAUAAAUGGAAGUAUUACAAGACUGUCGAGUAUCCCUACGGCCAAUGGACCAUUACCGAUGCCUCUUUGAGCCCGGACAACAAAUUCCUUGCCUACAGUUCUAUUCGGAGUAUCGUCUGCUUGGCCCCCACGGAUCCCGGUGACAAUUCAGAGCCGCACCUUCUGGACUUCUCGAAUACCGGGACGCGGGGAAGGAGAGGCUUCCAUGCGUACCCUUACUUUGGUAUCUGGUCUCUCCGCUUCUCCGGUGACGGACGCGAAAUAGUGGCAGGAACCGGCGAUCGCUCGGUAUACGUCUAUGACAUCGAGCGCGGACAGUCAAUCCUGCGUAUUCCUGGCCAUGAUGACGACGUGAAUGCCGUAUGCUAUGGUGAUCCAAACUCGCCGCACAUUUUGUACUCGGGCUCCGACGACACCACGCUGAAGGUUUGGGAUCGUCGCAGCAUGGGUGACGGCCGUGAGGCAGGGGUGUUCCUCGGCCACACCGAGGGCUUGACGUAUGUUGACAGCAAGGGCGAUGGGCGCUACGUGCUCAGCAACGGCAAGGACCAGACCGCCAAGCUGUGGGACCUGCGCAACAUGAUGAGUGCUCGAGAGGCCGACAAAAUCGACAUCAACCAGUACACAACCGGCUUCGAGUAUCGGACUAAUUCGUAUGACGAGAGCGAUUACCGCCCCCAUCCACACGACCGAUCACUAGUCACAUUCCGUGGCCACUCGGUCCUGAAGACGCUCAUCCGUUGCCAUUUUUCCCCGCCCGGCAGCACAGACUCGAGAUAUGUUUACUCCGGAAGCUACGACGGAUCUGUGUACGUUUGGAACCUGGACGCAACGCUUGCCGGAAAGGUCGAUGUGCUUAAGGCGACUCGGAACUCGCGCCCUCGCGACGCUGAUCUUCUGGCUGAGACGUAUGACUUCAUCGGCCGCAACGGUGGGACAUGGCAGACAUGUGUGCGUGAUGCAAGCUGGCAUCCUAACGCCCCGGUCAUUGCUGCAACAUCCUGGAAUGGUUGGGGAACAUCCCUCGGCACGUGCACAGUGCACACUUGGAAUGACGGCAUGGAAGAGGACGAAGGCGACCCAGCCAUGGGCCAACGCGUCAACGCGCAAUUGGAGCAUGAUCCUGAGCUGUACGGAAGCCCUGAGGGCGGCAGGAGAGGAACGAGCAUUUUCUCAAGGAGAAUGAGGAGUAGGAGGAUCGACGAUGAUUGA